AUGUUCCCAAUACGCCGCAUUGGUAGCAAGAUUCUAGAGCAAUGGCGGGCUCCUAUUGUCGUAGCCGGAAAAUCGCAGAAGUACAGUUCAGAGGCACCACGUCCUCUAACAUUGUUGACAGAGGAUGAACUCGCUAUGAAGGAUACUAUUCGGAAGCUUGCAACAGAUCAAAUCGCACCUUUGGUCAAGAAAAUGGAAGAGGAGCACAAAAUCGAUGAGGGAAUUAGGCAAAUGCUGUUUGAUAAUGGUCUCAUGGGUAUAGAAACACCAGAAGAAUAUAGCGGUUCAGGGUGUGGUUUCCUCACAAUGAUGUUGGUGGUGGAAGAGCUCUCUCGAGUGGAUCCAUCUGUUGCAGCCUACGUGGACAUACAUAACACGCUUGUCAAUUCUCUCUUCAUGAAGUUAGGUACCGAAGAACAGAAGAAGAAAUACUUAACAAAGUUGUGUACGGAAUAUGCCGGAAGUUUCUGCCUCACAGAGCCAACAUCAGGCUCUGAUGCGUUUUCGCUGAAGACCGUCGCCAAGAAAGAGGGCAACCACUUCAUCAUCAACGGCUCCAAGAUGUGGAUCUCAAACUCAGAUGUCGCCGGCGUAUUUCUGGUUAUGGCCAAUGCUGAUCCAUCAAAAGGCUACAAAGGAAUCACCUGUUUCAUAGUAGAGCGAGAUACCCCAGGUCUGACCGUGGCAAAGCCGGAAAACAAAUUGGGUAUACGUGCAUCAGGCACUUGCAUGGUACAUUUUGAUAACGUCAAAAUCCCUGAAGAAAACAUCCUUGGAGAAUAUGGAAAAGGGUACAAAUACGCAGCUGGUUUCCUUAAUGAAGGCCGUAUAGGUAUCGCUGCGCAGAUGAUAGGGCUAUGUCAAGGCUGCAUGGACGCCACCAUUCCCUAUACAUUGGAAAGAAAACAGUUCGGAAAUAAGAUAUAUGCUUACCAGGGUAUAAGCUAUCAAAUAGCUCACCAUCAGACGCAGUUGGAAGCAGCACGUCUGCUCACAUACAACGCAGCGCGAUUAAAAGAAAACGGAAUGGAUUUUGUGAAGGAGGCCGCCAUGGCUAAAUAUUUUGCCUCAGAAAUUGCUCAGACCCUAACAUCAAAAUGCAUAGACUUCAUGGGUGGUGUUGGAUUCACAAGAGAUUUCCCUCAAGAGAAAUUCUACCGAGACGCUAAAAUUGGAACCAUCUACGAAGGAACCAGUAAUAUGCAAUUACAGACUAUAGCUAAGCUUAUUGAAAAGCAAUAUACACAAUAA